AUUUUAUUUAAUGUCGAUUACAGUUUCUACAUGUCAAUAAAUAAGUCAAUCAGCUCUUAAUUUAAGUACAGCUAAACAACUAUGGUCAUUUCCAAAAAGCAAUCGAUUUGGUAAAUUAGAGAAUCCAAAUAAGUAACAGUGAUAUUUAAUUAUUAGUUGUGCAGUAGCUUUUUAUAAUCUUCCUGAUUAAAAGGAGAGAAGAGCUGCAGGUGUAGGUUAUUCUACUAAGUAAAACUUCAUAAUUUUAAUUAUAGAUAUGAUUUUACAAAAAGUGGACCAAAGACUCCUGCUCCUUGUACUUAUAAAAUAGUUGGAGAAUUAGAUAUUAAUAAAAAUAAAAAUAGAGGUUUUCCAUUCGGUGUUAGUAGAGAUGUAUUAAUAAUUUAUAAUUACUAGAGAAUGUGGUAAAGUGGUAUUAUGGGUGGAUUAAAUAAAGUAACUCCAGGACCAGGUAAAUAUGAAGCUCAAUCAACACUAAGUCAAACUAGAUAUACUAUGAGACCUAAAAACUCUUAAGAUAUUAUGAUACUUACAAAAAAUGUUCCAGGUUUUUUAUUUCUCAAUAUAUUUUUAGGACCUGGAGCUUAUAAUUCUGUUUAAGGAAUUGAUUCUAAAGGAAGAUAUCCUAUUUCUAAAUUUACUAAUAGUGGUGCUACUCUUUUUAAUCCUCCAAGAUCUAAGAGAUUUGAUAAUAAAUAAUGUAAGUUUUUAAUUUUCUAUUUAUUCUAGAUAGUAAUGAUGUUCCAGGACCUGGAAAUUAUAAAUUAGAUAAUAUAGGUAUUUAAAAGGUAAUAUUUUUAUUUUUAUUUUCAAAGACUGGAUUUUAUCCUGUCUCUAAUUUACAUUCUAGUAAAUGUAGAAGUUUUCCUCAUGAUAUCAGAAAAACUUAUUCAGUCUCCAGUAUGUAAACUCCAGGACCUGGAUAAUAUCGAUUACCUUCAGAUUUUGGAUAUUAUGAAUCUAAAUCAAUAUCUAGAAAUUGAUCAUAGAAUUUAAUUUUGAACAAUUAAGG